UAACGCCACUCAAGCGUAACUGCUGGGCGCUAUAUCCGAAUCAGGCUCAUCAUAACAACAAGGACAUUCCUUCAACUGACGCUCGCGUAUGCAGCAUUAAGUGUCUUUGUUUAUGUGCUGUGGUGGAACAAACCCGUUAACGUUCAAUGCGCAAUGCAAGUAACGAAAGAGUCCCGUUCCGUUCCUCCGACUUCCGAGACAAAUGUCGAUCAACCAACACCUAAAACGGAGCUUGACGCAGACCCGAUGUCUCUCGUGCAGCUGUCUGAGCCCAAGGAGACGGAAGUCCUACUCAUGUUUGCAGCCGCUGGGAUGGCCUUCGGGGGAAUCCAUUGCUUUGUAUGGUCGUUUCCCUUUCCGACACACACAGAGAUGAUUCUAUGGCGGGUUUCAGCAAUAGUGGCUCCUGUCGUUGUAAUGUUUUCAGACCCCUUCUUGGUCGUCGUCGUCAUUCAUCCCCCGUUGUGUAUGUACCGAGCUUCUGGUUAAAGUUGUGUUUUAUUACAGGACAACCCAAUGUUAACGAAGAUCGCUGCUUUGCUAGAUGAAUGCUGUUCAAG